AUGGGAGAGAGCCGCGGCAGCAUCGCCUUUUUCGCCACGUACCGGCCGCCGGUGCCACUGGGCAUCUUCUCCGUGCCCAUCCCGCUGUCUUCGAUCCGCGACGAGGUACACCUCACCGACGGCGUCUCCUACAACUACAACUGCCGCCCCAUUCCCAAGGACGCGCUCAAGUCCCUGCUCAAGCGCCCCAAGCUCGCCGCCGAGGGCGGCGCCACCGACGCCGACAUCGACAGCGACCGCGUCUCCGGCCUCCUCUUUGUCUCCGAGAGAGACGGCGGCCUCGAGACGCUCCAAGUGGCCCUGCGUUUCAAGGACGGCGGCAAGGCCUGCAAGGUGUUCUCCCUGGCCGACGUCUUCGGCGCCGCCGACUUCAGCAUCGUGCGCCUCGAGGACAGCGGCUGCGUCGGCGGCGGCUACAAGAUGGGCUCUCGCUCCGUCGACCACUCGAUCAUCUACGUCUCCACCAAGGAGGCGGUGCAAGAGCGGCGCAGCCCGUGGACCGUCGUGUACAAGACCAACCUUAGGACCGGCAAGACCGAGCGCCUGACUCCCAAAGGUCAAUUUGAUCUGAGCCCAGCCGUGUCGCCGUCGGGGAAGAAGGUGGCGAUGGCGACGUUCCGACCGGAGGGCUGGCAAGGCGAGAUCGAGGAUCUGCAGACGGACAUCUUCGUGAUGAACGUGGAGAGGCCGCCGAUGCGAAAACGGUUGAUCAAGAACGGCGGGUGGCCGUCGUGGGCCAGCGAGGACGUUAUCUUCUUCCACAGGAAGGUGGGUGAGACCUGGGGCGUGUUCCGCCACGACGUGAGGACGAACGAGACGGUGCGGGUGACGCCGGAGGACUUCGACGCGGUGACGCCGGCGGCCAUCAGCGAGACCAAGGUGGCGGUGGCGACCAUCCGGCAGAAGUCCAAGUUCAGCGACGUCCGCGUGGAGGCGCAGUACCGCCACAUCAAGAUCUUCGACACGGCGGCCUCGCCGAAGGCCGCCGGUGCAGAUCACCCAGAAGACGAGGCCCAAGGCGGACCACUUCAACCCCUUCGUCCUGGACGACGGCGGCCGCGUCGGAUGGAGUCUCCGGUGAAGGACGUGGGGCUGUUCCGGGUGUCCGGCGUGUUCCCGACCAUCUCCAAGGACGGGUCAAAGCUGGCGUUCGUGGACAACGAGUUCAAGGCGGUGUGGGUCGCUGACAGCCAGGGCCUGCGCGUGGUGUACGAGACCAAGGGCCCCGACAACAUCUUCUCGCCGAUGUGGAACCAGAACCCCGACAAGGACAUCCUGUACGUGUGCAUGGGCCCCUCCUUCAACGCCGGCAAGCCGCUGGAGAUCUGCGCCAUCCCCAACGUGUCCAGUGGCGUGCGGCAGCGCCGGAAGCUCACCAAGGGCAACUUCAACAACGCGUUCCCGUCGAGCAGCCCCGACGGGAGCAGGUUCGUGUUCCGGUCCACCAGGCACGGCGGCGACAAGAAGCACAAGAACCUGUACAUCGCGGAGGACGCGGAGGUCGGCGAGUACAGCGGCGGCACGGUGACACGGCUGACCAAUGGGGAUUGGACGGACACCCACUGCCAGUGGUCGCCGAGCGGGGACUGGAUCGUCUUCUCGUCGACGCGGGACAAGCCGAAGGACGCGCCGGAGCUGGACAACGGCCUGGACCCGGGCUACUACGCAGUGUUCAUGGUUAAGGCGAGCGACCCGACGGUGGUGAUCCGGGUGAUACGCAGCGGGGACGACCUCGGCGGCCACGUGAACCACCCGGUGUUCAGCCCGGACGGCCGGAGCAUCGCCGUGACGGCCGACCUCGCCUCCGUGUCGGCCGACCCCAUCUCGCUGCCGCUCUUCAUCCACUCCGUGCGGCCCUACGGCGACAUCUUCGUGGUGGACAUCAACCCGGAGGACGCGAGCAAGAACAAGGAUGUGAAGAAGUUCCACCGGGUCACGCACAGCCGGUACGAGUACUCGACGCCGGCGUGGACGGUGUUCGCGACGGACGACCCCAACGCGCAGUGGAACAUGCUGGUGAAGAAGGACUCGUACACGCCGGCGUGCCCCUACGCGUACCCGGACGGCGGCGAGAGCUGGCACAUGACCGGACACCUCUACAUCCCCAGGAGGUGCUGCUGA